CGUUCGAGUUUUAACCUUAACCUUUGACCAGUUUAUUGCGUUUUUAACUUUACACCGCGUGAAACAUCGUCGCUCCGCCCGGGAUAUGGGAGAUCUUCGCUGUUAGCGGAGCGCUUGGUGACAGCAGGCGGAUCCUGUUCAGACAAGAUAGAGGUUGAGAAGUUUAAGAUGAGUUGUGUGUAAUAUGUUGAACGACAGACAGAUAAAUUGGGCAAUGUUAAGAAGUGCAGGAGUAGUAGUAACGUGAUCUCCGGAACACAGGCCGAGCGCUUUUAUUUCUGGAGCCGCGUUAAUAACUGGUGUUAACACCUGUACCUGUACUGAAUUCGCGUAGUUGAUAAUAAUAAACAUUUCCUACAAAUGGACAUCGGAACGGUGGUGUGUUGCUGUUUUACUGCUGUGCUGUUGGCAUUUCUGUUUGCUGCUUACAAACUGGGCUUGUUUUAUCAGCUGUUUCAUAAGACGGACAGGAAGAGUCCUCGGCAAGGAGGCGAGAUUGUGGCAGAGGUACUUCAGGCUCAUGGCAUCAAGUUUGUUUUCACAUUGGUUGGCGGACACAUCUCUCCUAUCCUGGUGGCAUGUGAGAAACUGGGGAUCCGUAUUGUGGACACCCGUCAUGAAGCCACAGCUGUGUUUGCAGCUGAUGCAGUAGCAAGACUCUCUGGUAGAGUAGGUGUGGCUGUAGUUACAGCAGGACCAGGCCUUACUAACACAGUUACUGCAGUGAAGAAUGCUCAGAUGGCUGAGUCACCUUUGCUUUUGAUGGGUGGAGCAGCUGCAACUCUGCUACAGGGUCGAGGAUCUUUGCAGGACAUUGAUCAGAUGUCCCUUUUCAAGCCACUCUGCAAGUUCUGUGCAUCUGUUAGGAGUGUGAGGGAGAUUGUACCCACUGUGAGAAAAGCCCUGGCCAUCGCCCAGUCUGGCACACCAGGUCCUGUAUUCAUCGAGUUCCCCAUAGACACUCUUUAUCCAUAUCAUCUCGUAGAGAAAGAGUUCUCACCUAAAAAUACUCCUAAAGGAAUUGUUGGGAAAGUUAUUUCAUGGUACCUUCACAAUCAUCUAACAAACCUUUUUGCUGGAGCAUGGGAAGUAAGAGACCUCUCACCUCUGCCUGUGCAUGUACCUAAAGCAACAGACGAGGAGGUGCAAAGGUGUAUAGAGCUGGUAAGCAGAGCUAAGAAGCCAGUGAUUGUGUUAGGCAGCCAGGCAACACUACCGCCAACACCUGUCACAGAUGUCAGAAAAGCUCUGGAGUCUUUAGGCAUUCCUUGCUUCCUAGGUGGGAUGUCCAGAGGGAUGCUGGGUAAGGACAACCAUCUGCAUAUCAGACAGAACAGAAGAGAUGCCCUGAAAGAGGCGGAUUUGGUGCUGCUAGCAGGCACGGUGUGUGACUUUAGACUGAGUUACGGCAGGGUGCUGAACAGACGCAGUAAAAUUAUCGCAGUCAACCGAGACAAGACUCAGCUACUGAAGAACUCUGACUUGUUCUGGAAGCCCACAGUAGCUAUUCAGGGUGACGUUGGUUCCUUCUUGAUGCAGCUGUCUAAAGGCUUGGUGGGACACAGAUGUCCUGAAGAAUGGGUUCAGUGCCUGAAGGAGUGGGACAAUGCAAAAGAGAAGGCAAACAGAGACAAGGCAAAUGAGAAGACUGAGAGGCAUCUGAACCCUCUGAGUGUUCUUCACUGUGUGAAUGAGCUACUGAUGGAAGACAGUAUCAUUGUUGCAGAUGGAGGAGACUUUGUAGGCAGUGCAGCUUACAUAAUGAGACCACGAGGACCCCUCUGUUGGCUGGACCCAGGGGCGUUUGGGACUCUAGGUGUUGGAGGAGGGUUUGCUCUGGGAGCAAAGCUCUGUUGUCCUGACUCGGAGGUAUGGAUUGUUUAUGGUGAUGGUUCCCUAGGUUACAGCGUGGCGGAAUUCGAUACUUUUACCAGACACAAGACUCCUGUAAUUGCACUAGUGGGAAAUGAUGCUUGUUGGAGUCAGAUCUCCAGGGAACAGGUGCCCAUUCUUGGCAGCAAUGUAGCUUGUGGUCUUGCAUUUACAGAUUAUCACAUUGUUGCUAAUGGCUUUGGUGGCAAAGGUUACCUGGUUGGACGUGAAGAGGAGCCGCGUCUUGAAAACAUCGUUAAAGAAGCACAGAGGGAAUGUAAAGAUGGCAAGGCAGUGUUACUUAAUGUACUCAUAGGAAAAACCAACUUCAGAGACGGUUCUAUUUCUGUGUAGAGACCCUGUGUUUGUGUGGCCCUGACUAAAAUCCUGAAAGCCUUUCAGUUGCUGGUGCUUUACGUGUUGUAAAAACUGUUUUAAGCAUACCAGACAUGAGUACAUGGGUAAAAACGGACGGAAAUGUGCAUGGCUCUUAGUGUCAUUUCAAAAUCAUUACUGUUUUAAGCUAAGGAACUUUUUCUGCUUUAUUUAGGAACUUUGUUUUUAGAAUCAUUUCUUGAAGAUUUACUAUUUGUAUAAGCUAAAAAGGAAAGACUUUACGUAAGGAUUUUACGUAAUAAUUAGAUAAAGACUUUUAAGCAUUUCAAGAUUAAGGGACUUGAUUUAUGUAUUUAUAUUCUUUUGUUAUUUUGUUUGUAAUAAUUAAACUGGAUAAUUUUGACAAGAUAUGUAAUUAUAGUAUUAAUGUUGUUGACAAAAAGUAGGACUGAAUUUUGUGCUGAAAUAUUUUACUCUACAGGUGUAAACCAGAAUAUUGCUCAAGUUCGCGUUUAAUUUAACAUUUGUAACAUUAAGUUUAAUUAAACAGUCAAUAGUUGGCUCAAAAAUUAAAUGAUACAUUUGAUGAAGGACUAAAAUAUUAAAUGCAAAAGGAACAUCUUACUGUAUCACAUUUGGUCAACUGACAAUAUUAGCAUUGCAGUGGUAUAUUUAAAUAUACUGAUCAGUAAUUAAAAGCCUCUCCCAACCAUUUACUGUUCUAGCAAUCAGUAAUGAAAAGUUUAGACUAUUCUGUGUAAGGGAGAAAUAAAGUUUGAAACAUUAAA